AGGACUUUUCAAUGAGUCGCCUUACGCAGAAAGAAAGACAGUGGAAAUCGCUACUGAUCUUGAUCGUGCCUCUUGCCGUAGAAAUCUCCUCAAGCACCACAGAAAAGAAGUCACCGUAGCAUCAAUUUGUUUGCUAAAUGGCGAAGGAAGAGAUAGACUCAGGCACUGCAACAGGUGGUGGCUACCAUGUAUUCUUGAGUUUUCGAGGACCCGAUACUCGCAACGGAUUCGCAGAUUGCCUUUACGAGUUCAUGAAAGAUAGAGGAAUCCACAUUUUUAGGGACGAAGAGGAGUUACGCCCUGGCAAAAAUAUCUCAGAGAUCUUGCAUGCAGUACAAAGCUCCAAAAUUUACAUUCCAAUUUUCUCCAAAGACUACGCUUCGAGUAAAUGGUGCCUGCAAGAGCUAACACGCAUGGCGCAGUGCACUCGGCAAUUCCCGGAGAAAGAGAUAAUGCCCAUCUUUUAUGAUGUGGAUCCCUUGGAUGUUAAGCUUCAAACAGAGGUGUACAAAAACGCCCUAAUGAAGCAUGAGGAGGAACUUGGCUGCCCUGAAGUGAAGCCAUGGAAGGAGGCUUUGACCAUGGUGGCUAGAAUCAAGGGAUGGCAUCUGAAAGAUCAAGGGGAAGGCAAGGUUAUUAAAGAUAUUGUUCAAAGGGUUUUGCAAAAGAUCCCAAUACGAAAUAGAUAUUUGCCCCCAUAUCUAGUUGGAAUUGAUCAUCGAGUCAGUCGUCUGAACAAAAUAUCAGAUGUUGGUAUUCGUCAUCAACAAGUAAUAGUAAUCUGGGGAAAGCGAGGCAUUGGAAAGACAACUCUUGCCAAGGCAAUCUUCAACAUACUCUCUCCUAAAUUUGAGAGUCAAUGCUUCCUAGAAAACAUUCAAGAAUCAUCCUCAUGCGGUGGCAUUGAAAAAAUGCAAAGAAAAAUGGUGGCAGAUCUUUUUAGUUUCUCGCUUUCUGAAACCUGUGACUUUGAAGAAGGGAACAAUGUGAUCAAAAGCGGGUUACCUCACAAGCGAGUCUUAGUUGUUUUCGAUGACAUUAGCUAUGAUGAUCAAUUUAUUCAACUAAUGGAAAAUUUUAGGCAAUGUGGUCCAGGGAGUAGGAUCAUCGUUACAAGCAGAGAAAAUAUAUAUCGUUUAUACUCCUGGGGUAAAUUAGUGGAAUCGUUUUAUUUCGAUUAUAUGUACGAAAUGUGGGAAAUGGAUUCUGAAUGCGCUCAUCAACUUUUCACCAAGCUUGCUUUCACCACAGAUUCAGCUUCGCCUGAUCUUUGUGAUCUUUCAAGAGAAAUUGUUAAAUUCCUUGGAGGAAAUCCAUUGGCUCUUAAAGUGUUCGGUUCACAUCUCCGAGGCCAAAGUAGAGAAAAUUGGCUAAGCACAGUGAAUAAGUUGAAGGAAGUGCCUUGCUACAAUCUUCCACAGCAGUUACAGAUAAUUUAUGAUGCAAGUUUCUUUGUUAACGAGAAAAGAAGUAAUGCAAUGUUUAUGCGGGAAGCUCUUUGUCAUCUGUCGAGAGAUCUUGGGAGACAAAUUAUUUGUCAAGGGAAUGAUAGGCAACUUGGAGAUAGAAGCAGAUUAUGGUUUAGCGAGAUGGCCCUGGACAUAGUACGAGCUAAACAGGUUGAUAAUCGUGGUUCUUCUGAAUGGAUCGAUCUUAAGCCCUCAUUACAUGACAGGGAAGUGAUUUGUGGAUUGAUUAAUGAAAAGAAAGCCUUGGUAAAUAAUAUUGAAGGUAUAGAUAGUCAGUUGAAAGUAUUUGAGGAGAAAGUCCAGAGUCUUCAAAUGCAACUAGAAAGGAGUAAACGAAAAAAGAACAAGAUACAAGUGGAGGUGUCUCAAUUGGAAGCAAAGGAAAAGAUCUAUUUGAGAGGCAUUGUUGCAUUGAUAGGAUUGAUGUGCGCAAUGCUGUUGCUGAUGUUGGAUAAAAAAACACAAUUUUCGUUGCCUUAGACUGGCAACAAUGUUGGAUCGGGGAUGGUGUUGUUUGUCUAUUUUUUUUGCUUCUAGGUAGGGUCAGUGGAGGCUAGAUGCAAGUAAGACCAAUGCUAUGAUGCAAACAAGGUCAAAUUGUGUUCAACAGUAUUAGCAAAUCCAAGUUCAAUUGUAUUCA